AUGUUAAAUAAUACUAAAGGACUAGCUAUACAAGUGGAUCGUCUUACUCUGAAUGGAAAAAGUCAACCAAAACCAAUUCCUAAUAUUUCACCUAAUUUAUCAAAUAAAACAAAUGACAUUUCUCAUGAAUCUCAUAUAUCACUUCCAUCAAAUAAUAUAAAAAUAAUUCGUUUAACUUUCGAAGAUUUAAAUUCGAAUGAAAAAUUAAUUUACAAUAAAACUGAAGAAACAAUAAAUGAUUCAAUGAAUCAACAAUCAUUAGUAAAUCCUGAUGAAAAAAAUAAAGAAAAAGAUGAAUAUAUUUUAUCACCAAUCUAUGAAUCAAUUGAUGAAAGACGAAAUUCAAUAAAUCUCCUUAAAAAUAAAAAAGAGACUAAAACAUAUGAUGAACAAUUUGAAACACUUUAUUAA